UCCGUAGCGGUUGGUAACGGUUGGUAGCGUUUGUGAGCGCGCGGCGGGACUAGGGUACCCAGAGUGCACCGCGGCUCGCAGACUGUAAACACACACGGAGAGUGAAGGACGAAGUAACGGAUGAUCGUGUAUGUGCGGUACAACCUGGGCCCAGGUGUGGCCGUGGAGCUGCAGGAGGAGGAGAGCAUAGCCAAGCUGAAGGAGGUGGUGGGGAGUCAGCAGGGAGUCCGACCGGAGGAGCUCAGGGUGUUGUUCGCUGGGAGGGAGCUGCAGAGCAACGCCACACUACAGGGUUGUGACCUCCCGGAGCAGAGCACCGUCCAUGUCGUCCUCCCUCCUUCAGGGUCGUCCUCCCGGCUGCUCCUCCUGCAGGAGCGUCUGUCUCGGGGCAGCGAGGAGGAGCGGGACACCCUGACCAGGCUGGACCUGAGCUCCUCGCGCCUCCCCUCCACCUCCACUGGGCUGGCCGUGAUCCUGGAAGGGAGUGAGAGAGAGGGAGGAGGUGACGGGGGAGCAGAGGAGGCGCAGGCUGCAGGUCUGAGAGGUGUGCGUACCUGCAGUACUUUCUUUGUGUACUGUAAAAGCUGCAGCUCGGUCGAACCAGGAAAACUGAGAGUUCGCUGCAGAUGCUGCAAACAGACGACGCUGACGCUCAGCAGGGGCCCGUCCUGUUGGGAUGACGUCCUCCUCCCAGGUCGUAUCCAUGGCGUAUGUCAAUCAGACGGUUGUCAUGGCAACGAAGCGGAGUUCUUUAUGAAGUGUGCGUCUCACCCGACCUCAGAUGACGACCUCUCUGUGGCCCUUGACCUCAUCAUGACCAACACCAGAGACGUGCCCUGCAUCGCCUGCACCGACGUCAUGGACGUGGUCCUGGUCUUCCAGUGCUCGGAGCGUCAUGUGAUCUGUCUGGACUGUUUCCGUCGGUUCUGUCAGACUCGACUGAACGAGCGACAGUUUGUUCACGACGCCGUGGUCGGAUACUCUCUGCCCUGCGCCGUCGGUUGUGUGGACUCUCUGAUUAAGGAGCUCCAUCAUUUCCGGGUCCUGGGCGACGAGCAGUACGGUCGGUACCUGCAGUACGGGGCCGAGGAGUGCCUGUUGAGGAUUGGAGGACUGAUGUGUCCGUCACCUGGCUGUGGGGCGGGGCUUCUCCCUCCUGACGGCAGCAGGAGGGUGGAGUGUGAACGACAGGUGGGCUGCGGCUUCGUCUUCUGCAGAGAUUGCAGGGAGGGCUACCACGAGGGGGCGUGUCAGACGCAGCCCGUCCCGCCUGCAAGCGAAGCCUCACAGGGUUUUGUGGUGGGGGAGGAGGCGUCUCUCAGAGGGAGGUGGGAUCAAGCGUCUCAGCUCCUGAUCCAGGAGUCGACUAAACGCUGCCCUCAGUGUUCAGUUCCUGUGGAGAGAAACGGCGGCUGCAUGCACAUGCAGUGUCCUCUGUGCAGAGCAGAGUGGUGCUGGCUCUGUGGAGUCUCCUGGAACAGGGAGUGUAUGGGAAACCACUGGUUCGGAUAAACACACAGACGCAGAUGAUGUCACAAGAUGUUCAGGGGGCUAUUUGAUGGAGACAGUGCCCCCCUCACCCCACCCCUGCCCUCAACCCCCCCACCCCCCACAGCUUCAGGACGUCUCCUCCUCUGCUGCUCAGAUCCAUUUUAAAGAGACACCAACUCACUGGGGGAGCGAUGUAAAAUAAACUGACUUCAGAUCAGCUUCUGUUUCCUGUCGUCAUCACAAACUCUCCUGCAGCUCAACGUGAAACUCAGGUUUUCAUGUCACAUGUUUGAUCAGACCAACCAGAGCGUCCUGACGUCCACUUCCUGUUUCCCUCUCUGCUGUCAGUCUGUGUGAUGAAGGCAAAAACAUGUAUUUAUUGAAAAAAGAAUAAAUUAAAAGUUUAAAUAAUGA